AUGAAGUCAUUAGUUUUAUGUUUGUUGGCUGUAGCCUGCCACGGCUCGACUGUGAGGCAGCAGCGUCGGUUCCCUGAUGACUUCCUCUUUGGAGCCGCUACAGCCGCCUACCAGAUAGAGGGAGGAUGGAAUGCAGAUGGAAAAGGUGAAAGCAUUUGGGACAGGCUGGUCCAUACCAACCCCACAGUCAUACAAGACUUAACCAACGGUGACGUCGCUGCUGACUCCUACCACAACUAUAAACGUGAUGUCGAGAUGAUGAAAGAGUUAGGCCUGGACGCUUACAGGUUCUCCCUCUCUUGGUCUCGGAUCCUUCCUACUGGCAUGGCCAACGAGGUUAACCCAGCUGGCGUCGCCUACUACAACAACCUCAUCGAUGAAAUGUUGAAAUAUAACAUCACUCCGUUGGUUACUCUCUACCACUGGGAUCUUCCCCAGAAACUGCAAGACUUGGGUGGAUUUAUGAAUCCCUUGUUCACUGAUUGGUUUGAGGACUACGCGAGGAUUGUUUUCGAGAACUUUGGAGACAGGGUCAAGAUGUUCAUUACAUUCAACGAGCCGAGAGAGAUCUGCUUUGAAGGUCUUGAAGAUAUGAACAAAGCUCCUCUCCUGAAUACCACCGGUAUCGGUGUUUACUUGUGUGCUAAGCAUUUGGUUUUGGCGCACGCAAGAGCCUACCAUUUGUAUAACACUGAGUUCAAGCCGAUCCAGGGAGGACAGUGUGGUAUUACAAUCAGUGUGAACUGGUUUGAAGCAGAUACUGAUUCUGAUGAAGAUUUGGCAGCUGCUGAGCUUAUGAGACAGGCACAGUGGGGCAUCUACGCCGAACCUAUAUUCUCUUCUGAAGGGGGUUUCCCGAAGGAGUUUUCGCAAAGAAUAGCCGAAAAAAGUGCACAACAAGGAUUCUCUCGCUCUCGUCUGCCAGAAUUUACUGAAGAGGAGAAGGCUUUGGUCAAGGGAUCAUCAGAUUUCUUUGGCGUGAACCAUUAUACGACGGUGAAGGUGUCAGCGAGUAAACACAAAGCAUUUUUCUCAGCGCCAUCUUUGAUGGACGAUGUAGAUGUUGGGACAUAUAUGCCUGAAGAGUAUGUUGCAUCAGCUUCUCCUUGGUUAAAAUUGGCUCCCAACAGCAUCUACAACGCCUUAACCCACCUCAACGAGAAGUACAAUAGCCCAACGUUCUACAUCACAGAGAAUGGAUGGUCCACAUACCCUGAUAGCGGCCUGAUUGAUGAUGACAGGAUCACAUACUUCAGAGCUGCUUGGGAGAGUGUGCUAAAUACUCUGGAUGCGGGAGUCAACCUCAAAGGGUACAUGGUGUGGAGUCUUUUGGAUAACAUGGAAUGGCUGGAGGGUUAUAUAGCAUGUUUCGGCCUGUACCAAGUGGACUACCAAGACCCAGCUCGCACACGCACCGCUAGGAAGUCAGCGUUUGUCUACAAGCACCUCAUCAAGAAUCGAUUUAUCGAUUACGAAUAUGAACCUGAGUCUUUGGCUAUGAUUAUUGAUGAUGGAUUUUAA